GAAGAUGGAGUUUGGAAGUUUAUCAAACAUGAUAGAACCUGUUGUCUUUGUUCUGAUAGAAUUGUCUUAUUGUCUCCCACAGUCAUGUCCUUCAUUAUUGACUUGGAAGAUUUCUUGGACAUCAUCAAUGACACCAUCGAGACCAAUCAUACACCCUACAUUGUGGAUCCCAAGACACUAUCAUGUGAGGCGCAACCGCUGGGUUUUUCUGCAGCUGUGACCAUGUGCAUCGUCCACUUUAGCAUUUUUUUACUAGCAAUACCAGGGAACCUUCUAGUGGGAUGUGUGAUCUGCAGUCGAAGGCAGAACCUGGCUCCAUCAGAUGUUUAUUUGUUCCACCUAACAGUAGCUGAUGGUCUUCUGGCUCUGACCCUCCCAUUCUGGGCAAUUCAAGCAAUGACGCAAAGAUGGCUCUUUGGAGACUUCAUGUGCAAAUUCCUCAGCCUCAUCCUCGAAGCAAACUUCUAUACCAGCAUUCUCUUUCUGGCUUGUAUCAGCAUUGAUCGUUAUCUUGCGAUUGUGCACACCACUGAGACUCGAAAGAGUCGCCAACAGAUGUGUAGCCGGCUUCUCUGUGGGGCGGUGUGGGUCCUUGGUUGGGCCCUGGCUUUGCCUGCUCUUUUUAAUGAUGCCUUCCAACCCCACCCAGACUCGAACAAGAUCAUUUGCUCUGAGCGUUAUGACAUCGGCAGCGCCACCUCAUGGAGGAUUACCACGCGAGGGAUCCGCCAUAUAUUUGGCUUCUUUCUCCCACUGAUUGUCAUGGUAACAUGCUACAGCAUCACUAUUGCUAGGCUGCUGCGCACUCGAGGCUUCCAGAAGCACCGGGCCAUGAAGGUGAUCUUGGUGGUGGUGGCAGCUUUUCUGCUGUGCUGGGCGCCAUACCAUUUUACAAUGAUAGUGGACAGCAUCCUGAGGGCUGAUCUGGUGCCAUUCUCCUGUGCAAUGAGGAUUUCAGUGGACGUAGCUUUGAUUGUCACCCACGGCCUGGCCCUGUUCCACAGCUGCAUCAACCCCAUCCUGUAUGCCUUUGUGGGGGAGAAGUUCAGAAACAACCUAAAGCUACUUCUUCAGAAGAAACUCAGAAAGGAAAGGAUGUCAGGGUCAAAGUUCAGCAGGUCUACAUCUCAGACCUCAGAGGGCAGCGGGUCUGCUCUCUGAAAGCAUGGUUGCAUUUUUGAAUUUCUGCCUAUCCCAAAUUCUGCCAUUGUAUUGCAAGACAUAACCAGAGAUGUAGAUU